AGAGCUAGAGAGAGAAAGAGAACACAAACGAGUGAUUUUUAGAAAGAGAGAGAGAGAGAUCUAGAAGAAAGGUGACGUCAUCGGAGAUAAUGGCGGCGGUUAGGAGAAGAGAACGAGAAGCGGUGGAAGAAAAUGGAGUAACGACGCCUCCGGCGGUGAAGAGGAGGAAGAUGGAGGAGGAGGUGGAAUCAUCAAGGAUAAUAUCGUCGCCGCGCGUCGUACAGGCGACGAAUAAUCGUGGUGGUGGAACGGUGGAUAGGAAUUCAGCUGGAGCGUCGGAGACGAGUGUUGUGAUAGUUCGACGGCGAGAUUCUUCGGUUCCGCCGGUUGAAGAAGAAGAAGGAGAUGAUCAGUGCUGUCAAAUCGGAGAAGAUGAUUCGUCGUCGGUUUCGUGUUGUUCUAGAUCGGAAGAGAAAUCUAAACGGAGAAUCGAAUUUGUAGAUUAUGUUGAGGAAAAUAACGGUGAAGAUGAUGAAAGUGGAACGUCAUGGAUUUAUAAUGAUUUAUCAUCGAUGGAUUCAGAAGAAGAUGUUGUUGUUGAGUCUCGUCGUCGGCUAAAGAUGAAUAAGAAGAAGAGUUGUGAGACGACGAAUGUGAAGGAAACUGAGUUAGAUGAUUUUUUCCAAGCGGCGGAGACUAAUCUACGCAAUCAAAUCUUGGAAUCUUCUAUCAAGUAUAACUUUGAUUUCGAGAAAGAGGAGCCACUACAAGGUGGACGAUACGAGUGGGUUAAAUUGAAUCCAUGAAGAUGCUUAAUUGAAGAGUACUCAUCACCCCCCAAGUACUUGAUGAUCUCUUCUCUCUAAUUCAAAUAUUUGCUUAACCAAAUCCAAAAUGUAGAUAUAUCUUUCUCUCUUUCCCCUCAAAUAAUUGAGUAACAUAUGUAAUUCAAAUUUCCUAAGUAUAUUUAAAUUAGAUAUGUUCUUUUCCCCA